AUGUUUCGCUGGAUUUCCCAGUGGGUUUGUGGCCACGUUGUGGAAUCCAUUGAUAAGGGGCACUGCUCCCUACACAAGAUACCGGAGAAGAUCUACAGGUACCGGCGGACUCUGCAAGAGCUGCUGCUGAAUAGCAACCGGCUAAGGGAGCUGCCCAAUCAAUUGUUUGACCUUGUGAAAUUAAAGACAUUGGUGCUUCGAGACAAUCAGAUUCGGUUUCUCCCUGUAGAGAUACAAAACCUCAAAAAGUUAGAGGAACUGGAUGCUUCCCAAAACUGUAUCAGUGCGAUUCCUCCGACCAUCGCAUACUGCAACUGUCUCCAAGUAGCCAACUUUAGUCAAAAUCCACUAAAAUUGUUGCCGUGGAGAUUUUCGGAGCUCUACAGCCUCAAAUGCCUAUCUAUUAACCAUGCAUUACUGGAGGAGCUACCUGUGAACAUCGGGAACCUUUCUAACCUGAUUUCGCUGGAGGUGAGAGGAAAUUGUUUGAUCGAUUUGCCAACGUCCUUUACCCAAUUACAAAAGCUGGAAGAACUCGACUUAGGAGACAACAAGAUCAGUGACUUGCCGGAAUCCAUCGGAUCAUUACAGAGCCUGAAGAACCUUUGGUUAGAUGGAAACCAACUGGCAGAGCUACCCGGCCAGAUUGUCAGCUUGAAACGGUUGGGGUUUUUGGAUGUCUCAAGAAACAUGCUGAACAGAAUCCCAGAAGGUCUCGGUGAAUUAACAUCAUUGACGGAUUUGGUUCUGUCUCAGAAUUCCAUUGAGAUUCUACCAGAUGGCCUUGGAAACCUGAAGAACUUGUCCAUACUAAAAGCUGAUAGUAACCAAUUAAUGGCCAUACCAGACAGCAUAGGAGAAUGUGAAAGCCUGACUGAGCUGAUUGUGACGGAUAACCAACUUUCAGAAUUGCCAAGCAGCAUUGGCAAGUUAAAAAAGCUCUGGAACUUGAACAUCAACGGGAACAACUUAGUAUCAUUGCCAAAGGAGAUCGGUGACUGCCGUAGUCUUCGAGUGAUCUCUGCGCGCAAAAACCAAUUGAAGAAGAUUCCAUCGGAAAUUGCUCAAGCCGCUGAUAUUUGUGUGUUAGAUUUUUCUGGAAAUGAGCUUCCCCAUCUGCCAUUGUCAUUGACCUCCCUGAAGCUGAAGGCUUUAUGGCUUUCAGAAAACCAAUCAAAGGCUCUCCAUCCUCUUUGGACCGUGGUUGACCCCGAAACUGACGAAGGGAUUUUAACAUGCAGCCAACUUCCCCAAAGUCCACCUGCGUCUGUCAGCCAAGGCAAUUCAACCAACGAUGACACCUUGGAGAACCUGGACAGUGAAACAUCAGAUGAUGGUUGGAGCAACCAGGAGAACGCAGUGAGAAGCUCCAGCAUCAGCGAUGGCCGUAUGAAAAGAAGUGCCGCCAUUCAGAGCCUGGCUGAUUAUGCAUCGGAUUAA